CGACCCGGAACCGUGAGCCUUGUGUGGACCCCGACUUCAACCCCCGCAGCCACCUGCACACGGCCCGCUCUUUAUGACUCUGGACCUUGUCCGGGCACCGCCGCCGGGUUUCCCAGCCAGGAGCUCAGCCAGCGCCCGUCCCCGGGAAGCCCACAGCUGGGAGGCGACGAGGGGAUCCUGCUCCUGAGAUCCCGCGUGCAGCCAGCGGGAGCGACCCCGGGACGGGAGAUGACGGCGGAGCACAGGGAUGUCCUGGUGGUGCUGCCCACACGGGAGCGGCUGCGGCUGGUCGUGCGGGUGCAGGCCACCGGGCGCGAGCUCUUCCAGCAGGUGUGUGACAAGACCAGCAUCAGAGGGACCCACUUCUUUGGCCUCAGCGUGGUCAGAAAUGGCGAGUACGUCUUUGUGGACUUGGAGCAGAAGCUCAGCAAGUACUUCUCCAAGGACUGGAAGAGAGAGAUGCACAGAGAAGGCGGCAGGGCCGACGCCCCCUUUGUGGCCUUCCUCAGGGUGCAGUACUACGUGGAGGACGGAAGGGUCAUCAGGGCCUACUUCCUGCUGGCGGCCCUCGGGCUGCAGGCCGACCUGGGCAACCACCGCGAGCCGGCGCACCGCGGGCCGUACUUCCAGCCCCAGGCCUACUUCCCGCAGUGGAUCAUCACCAAGAGGGGCAGCGCCUACAUCCUCAGGCACGUGCCCACCCUGCACCGGGAGCAGCGGGGCCUAAGCCCCAAGGAGGCCGAGCUGCGCUUCAUCAGGGAGGCCUGCCGGCUGGAGGACGUGCCCGUCCACUUCUUCAGGCUGUACAAGGAUGAAAAGGAAGACCGACCCACUGUGGUUCUCGGACUGACGCUCAAAGGAGUGCAGGUCUACCAGGAGGUGCACCACGCUCCACAGCUGCUCUACGACUUCCCCUGGUCCCGUGUUGGGAAGCUGGCGUUUCUGGGGAAGAAGUUCGAGAUCUGGCCGGAUGGGCUGCUGCCGGCCCGGAAGCUGGUGUACCACACGGGCUGCGCCUGGCGCUCCGGCCACCUGCUGCGCCUGCUCCGCGACAGCCACCAGCUGCACCGCGCCCUGCAGCCCGCGUUACGGCGGCUGCGGCAGCUGGAGGAGGUGCAAGAAAAGAAGUGCUACCGGGAGUCCUACGUCAGCGACGAGCUGGAGCUGGAGCAGGAGCUGGACCUGGGCCUGGCCGGCAGGGCUGCCCCCGGCACCCCUGGCUCCCCCGGCGCCCCCAGCUGUGGGGACAGAGUGGGUGGUAGCCAGCAUCCCUCCCAUCAGCUCCCCCUCCUCUCGGCCGACAGCCACUGCAGCUCCCACUCAUCGGACAUCGAGGUGGACCCCCAGCCGGGGGGGCCCACGGGGCUGAGGGAGAUGUCAGUGGAUGAGCCCAUCAGGGCCCCGGCGCCCCGCAGGGAGGGGCCGUCCUGCAGUUCCCAAGCCAGCCAGAGCCACCGUGGCACAGUUGGUGGCGGCAGAGGUGGGCCUGAAGGGGACACUCAGGACCCAGGAGACGCCUCUCCCCAGCAGCCCUUGGCGGUGGUGCGGGUCACGCUGGUCAGCACGAGGGGCCGGAGCACUGAGGCCUUGCACCAGAUCCUGGAGGCGGAGGCGGCGGCCGACCGUGCAGACCAGCACAGCCGCAGCCUGGACGACGUGCGCCCCACACCUGCCCCGCGCUGCGUGCCGCGCAGCGGUCCCCUCGGCCACGCACUGGACCCCGCGCCCAAGCUCCUCUGCGGAAGGAGGUCCAUGGAUGGCCUCUCCGUGGACCUGCUCAGGGAGGACCACCUCCCGGAGGAAUUUGUGGUAUAGACGUCUGGCGGCGCCGCUCCACCCACACCGCACAGCUCCGCCCACGUGGGGCUCCAGCCACGCAGGGCCACACCUGCCCGGGAGGCUCCCACCGCCCACCACCUGGUUGACUGAGGCGUCUGGCCCAUCUUCUAUACCUGGCGCUUCCUCCUGCGUCCUCACCUGUCGGAGGUGUGGAGCCCGCUCUGACGUGAAACCUGGAGUGAUGAUCGUGUCCCACUUCCUGUGCCAUGUGGACUGUGGUUGGUCCGAGCUCCUUCCAUACUGGUCUCCAGGAGACAGAAGCCGGGUCUGGCCGUCCAAACUCCAGGCAGUGGAGUGAGGCCUGUGCUGGCUGUACCCUGGGAAGGAAAGUGUCUUAGCUUCUUCUGGGCAUUGAAGAGACCCCUGGGGGUCCCCCGCCACCGACCCAAUGGAUGGUGAGACCAAUGGAGCAAGCCUUCCAGGAGUCCUUGAGCUCAAGGUCACCAUCACUGUCACCUCCCUGGCCACAGGCUUCCCCGGACCACUCCCUUUGCAGCUCCUGCUGCUCAGUCCUGGGUGCACGGGACAGAGGCCCCUGUGUGGGGCGUCAGCCCAGCUCCUUCACCCGGGACCCCAGCAGAGCCCACCCUAUCUGCCACGUGUACACAGGCGGCACCUGGCCUAGAACAGCACGGCUACGUGGCCACAUGGUCCCAUGAAGUGGGUGUCCUCAGCAGGAAGUGGGAGAGGCAGGCGAGAGAGGAAGUGAUCCCGUGCUGAGCACAUCAAAGGGUGUUCCCAAAGGAAGCCUGCCAGCACAGGUGCCCGAGGCUCAGAGCCCGAGUUCCUCCUUUCCAGUCACAAGGCCAACUUUAAAGCAGUGUCCCUUUUCCUGCCAGUGCCCAUCCAGUCAGAAGGGCGUCUGUGCACAAGGGAGCCAUGGCCUGUCAGCAGCGGGACGUUGGGGCGCUCAGCCUGCGUCAGCGCUGGUCACCCUUCCGGGCCUUUCACUGCCAUGGUCCUCCUCCCCGAAUCAGAAGACUGGACGGGAGGUGUGGGCGGAGGUGGGGCUGCACCGCCCCGCCCUCCACGUCUGCACCCUGUCUCGAGCAGGCCUCACAAGCGGCUGAAUAGCUGAGCCAAGUUUGCAGUGAUUUCUGGAGAAGCGUGUUGAGGGACUUUGACCUUUGCUGGAGGCUGUGCUGUCGGAGCGCUAAGAGGCUAGUGAGCAGCCAGGUGUCCUUCUAACAGGGGACGCACCGGGGGCAGGAGCGCCAGGGCAGGUCCGCGGGUGGGAGGGCUGGCUGCUGUAGUUGUGCUGUGCUGUCCCUUCCAAGUCAGGGCAGCUUCCCCUCACCCGUCCCCACAUCCAGGGCCCUGUGUGCAGGGGGCUGUCCUCGAAGCCAUCCACCUCGUGGACGGGGCGGAGUGGCUCCAGCUGGUGGAGGGAGCCAGCAUCAGCCUGGCUUUGUGUCCCCAGAUGGAGAGACAGAGCUGGCGCUGCAUCUCACCUGCCUCCUGACCCCAGGUGGGACUCCUGCCUCGUGCUCUGCAGAGGCUCCGAGAGGGGCCGCUCCGAACAGGUGGAACUCCGUGGGUACCACCACCCUCCAGCCCGAGGCUGGUGACAGGCACCUGGGCGUGGUGAGACUCUUUCCACCUGUGGGUCCUCUCCCCUCACACAAGAUCCGCACCCCCACGCCUGCUGCCGUCUUCGCCUGGACGCGCUGACCUGCGCCUCACUGUCGGAGAGCCCGAGACAUCGUCCCCUCCCUGUCCUGCUUGUGCUGUGAGGACCCCGUGGGGCCGAGUCCACCUCAGGCUCAUGUUGGCGCCGGGCGGAGCCUGAGUCCCGGGUUGGGUGGGGCUGCAGCCAAGCUGACGCUGCUGGCCCUUUCUAUGAAGGGAAGCUUGUCCGUGCGCGUGUGACAAGAGCUGGACACACAUCUCUGUCUGCACCUGGGCGGCCUCUGUGCGCACCUGUACGCGGGGAGGCCACGCUGGCCCUCAGUUCACACAGGGAGGGCUCCUGGCCACUGCGGGCCUCCCCCUGUGAGGACCCUCCAUGUCCCAGCGCUGUGUGGACAGAGGGACUUGGGGGGUGACAGCCCCUGCCCCCUGGAGCUCAGCUUUAUCUUACUUGUUUUUUAAAAGGUGGCAAGAAACCUA